UAGAAACAUUGAGCAAGAGAGACAAGAGAGAAUAUUGGUGUUUAGAAUAGUGAACUAAAGCAAUGUGUUUCAAACGAGAUAAUAACUGCUGUCUUUUUUACAUGGCCUUGUAUUGAGCAUUUUGGCUUGUAUCCCUUAGUUUCUCUGUCUCUAAAAUGGUGCUACAGUAUUUGAGAUUAUUGUUUAAAAUUUUUAUUAAUGGGUAAAUUGAAAACAAUUAGUAAUCUUUGAAAAGGGUAUUAUUUUUAAAUUGCCAUUCAAGUGUUUGUUUUUCCUCAUUGGUUAGCAUUGUUCCCUCCACCCCCCCCCCCCCAGUAUUUUGAGAAUCUGCUGAAAUAUCUUUAAGAAAAGCAAAUAACUCUUGUUCUUAAUUUUAUUGUUUUAACAUUAUAAACAUAGUUUAAACUGGCCAUUAAGUGCCUAAAAUUUUAUCAAUUCACUGAGGGAACAAAUGGGCUGUUCAGAGCAUCUCUUUAUCCCAAGUAUUUCUUCUCAAAAAUGUUAGUAGAAAAAUAUCCCUGAACUCAUUUUUAAUGCAUCAGAAUAAAAAUUACAGGUUAAAACAUUUGGAGAUAUAGUGACAAAAUAAAAUAUUUUUACUACUGUCUUUUUUUUUUUUUAGUGAUGAAACGUGGAUGUUACAUUGGUUUUUUGUUAUUUAUAACAUUUGCGUAUUCUACAAAAUAUGUAACGUUGAAAGCAGGUCUGUAGAUUGUACAAAAUACUAGUUAUCUUAUAUCAUAUGUCACCUAAUAGUUAUGAAGCGGGUUUUGUAGCAAAGUAUGAAUCGGAAGGCUGUAAUUUGUUCUGCAGUUAUCAGCCUGCAUUAGGGGUUAUGAUAAAGUGUGCUGCUUAAAAACUAACAGUCACAUCUCUGUGCAUUUGACAAAUAAAAAUGUAUACCGAGAUGCUAUUAAAUCUGUAAAGCCACUGUUCUAGUUUUCUGAUACACUGAUUUUGUAGCUUUGUGUAUAGCCCUGUUUUUUCAUGAGUAGUUAUCUGUUUUCAUGACAGGUGGUCACUAACUGCCAAGAGAAAAUCCAGCAUUGGAAGAAGGUAGAUAAUGACUAUAAUGCCCUUCAAGAAAGACUCAGUACCUUGCCUGAUAAGUUGUCUUAUAAUAUCAUGGUACCAUUUGGCCCCUUUGCCUUCAUGCCAGGAAAACUUGUCCAUACUAAUGAAGUCACCGUUUUACUUGGGGACAAUUGGUUUGCAAAGUGCUCAGCAAAGCAGGCUGUGGGCUUAGUCGAGCAUCGGAAAGAACAUGUAAGAAAAACAAUAGAUGAUUUAAAAAAAGUGAUAAAAAAUUUUGAAUCCAGAGUUGAAUUCACAGAAGAUUUGCAGAAAAUGAGUGAUGCUGCAGGUGAUAUUGUUGAUAUAAGAGAAGAAAUUAAAAGUGACUUUGAAUUUAAAGCAAAACACCGAAUUGCCCAUAAACCUCACUCCAAACCAAAAACUUCAGAUAUUUUUGAAGCAGAUUUUGCAAAUGAUGUCAAAUCCAAGGAUUUGCUUGCUGAUAAGGAACUGUGGGCUCGACUUGAAGAACUAGAGAGACAAGAAGAAUUGCUGGGUGAACUUGAUAGUAAGCCUGAUACUAUGAUUGCAAAUGGAGAAGAUACAUCUUCUGAAGAAGAAAAGGAAGAUCAGAACAUAAAUGUGCAUGUGAUGCACCAAGUAACAGACUCUGUUCAUUCCAGCAGUUGUUAUAAGGAUGUUACACAUUCAGAACUGUUCAAUGGCCAAGUGAAUAGUCAGUUGAACUGUUCAAUGAUUGGUUCAAAUUCUUAUCACAGUAAUGAAGAUGAAGAAGAAGAAGAUGAUGAUGAUGAUGAUGAUGGUGAUAAUGAAAAUGAUGUUUUAGGGGUUGGAGAUCAUUCUGUACCAACAAUAUAUUUUUCUCACACUGUCGAACCUAAGAGGGUCCGAAUAAAUACUGGAAAAAAUACCACUUUAAAAUUCAGUGAGAAGAAAGAAGAAGCCAAACGUAAACGAAAGAACAGCUCUGGCAGUGGUCAUUCUGCCCAGGAACUGCCUACCAUCAGGACUCCCGCUGACAUUUAUAGAGUCUUUGUUGAUGUUGUGAAUGGAGAAUAUGUUCCUCGUAAGUCCAUCCUGAAGUCUCGCAGCAGAGAGAACAGUGUUUGCAGUGACACCAGUGAAAGCAGUGCUGCUGACUUUGAUGACAGACGGGGAGUUCUGAGGAGUAUUAGCUGCGAAGAGGCCACUUGUAGUGACACCAGUGAGAGUAUUUUGGAAGAGGAACAGGAAGAAAACCAUCACAAGAAACUUUUGCCUUUAUCAGGAACACCUGAGGCUUUUUCUGGAACUGUAAUAGAAAAAGAAUUUCUAUCGCCCUCCUUAACACCACACCCAACCAUGGUUCAUCCUGUGUUACCCACCAUUCCAGAACGAAAAGAAGUCUUGUCAGAAAUAUCAGAGGAGACUACCAAGAGGGUUUCAAAGUUCAAAGCUGCCAGAUUGCAGCAGAAAAACUAGGGCCUGCCAAGGAGUUUACAUCCUAGAACCUCGUUUUGCAUUUCUUUAGAAUCUGUAUAGCAAAAUAUGUUACAUGUAGUUGAAAUAAGGCAUCCUGAAUGCACUUGGCAGCAAGUUCUCUUACUGUUAUCAGUGGUAUUAAAAAGAAAGUAAAUGUUUGAAUACUUUAA